UCCUGUAUAUAUGCCGACGACGGCAAGUACGGAGAAAUAGUUAGCUCAGCUCGCCUCCUGAGAUAGUCAGGAGGGGCAGCGUUGCUAUUCGACGACAAAAAGAACAAAAUACAAAACAGUAUUUAUGACUUUAUUUAUAUAAGUUUAUGUAUGUUCCCCAGAUAUUAUCAAAUCCAAAGCUAGAAACCGAAUUUCCUCCGAGCUCUGUUGUAUUAAAUGGAGGAGAAGAAGGAAGAAGGGGACUCUGAGAUACAGGAACACGGACCGGAGCACUGGUUCUCAAAAUGGGAGCGGCAAUGUUUAGCCGAAGCCGAACAGAUGGACCCGGGAGAAGAGGAGGCCGACAACGACCAGGAUAAACUCUGGCAUCUAUUUCAAAACUCUGCCACUGCCGUAGCUCAACUGUACAAAGAUAGGGUAUGCCACCAGCAGGGCCUGUCAUUGUGGGUGCCAUUUCAGAAUGCUGCUACAGCAGUAACCAACCUCUACAAAGAGAGCGUAGAAGCCCAUCAGAGAAGUUGUGACCGGGGCAUCCAGAUAGGUCACCAACGACGUAAUAAGGAUAUGCUGGCUUGGGUGAAAAAGCGCCGGAGAACCAUCCGUAGGGAGGAUCUUAUAAGCUUUCUGUGUGGCAAAGCUCCACCACACAGAAGUAGCAGGACCAAUUCUCGCCUGGCAAUGGUGGCCCCUAGCCGGGCUAAUUCUCCAGCUGAGACCGGCUCCUCUGUGGAAACAGACCUGCAGCCCUUCAGGGAGGCCAUAGCUCUGCACGGUCUGAGUGGGGCCAUGGCGAGCAUCAGCGUGCGCUCCGGCGCUCCAGGUUCUCCCACACAUGUGAGCGGGAGCAGCGGUAACACUGGGAGCGCGAGUGGAGGCAGUUCUUCUGGCUCUGGGCCCGUGUGCCGCAGCAGACGAAAUGGGCUCCAAGACGUCGAUCUGAACACUUUCAUUACAGAAGAGAUGGCCCGACAUCUGGACUCUACCGGCUCCGCCGCCGUCGGGGGAGGAGGAACCAGGAAACGUAACUCCACCCAGUGUAGCGACGUCAUCACGGACUCCCCAACGCACAAACGCAACAGGUUGAUCUGACUGAACAUCUGCCUGAGUGCAAAGAGACGGACGGAUAGCAACUUCCAAGCGUCUGUGCUUAAAAUUAAAGUGAGGCCUGAAGGCUCACGGUUGCUUUUGUUCAUGAAUUGUGUCCCUUGUCUCCUUUCCUAACACUAAGUAGAGAUCCACAAUCGGAGCAGUCUGUGACAGAGAGAGAAACAAAGUGGGACGUUAGGACAGCCUCGCACAUUCCUCAGACCAAGCUGCCCUGGAAAGGAGACAAAGGAGGUCACUUACUAAUUCUGGGUUGUAGACAGUUCUCAAUGAGUGGAAAUACGCUGUCCUGUUCAACGAGCAAAAAGCCACUUCAUCUCUGACACGUGUGCUUCCCCUCCUCAUUCUGUCCUCACCCAUCACUUUAAUAAGGAAGAGGGGGCCAUUAUCACAUGUGGGAGUCUGUGAAUUGAGUUGCUCACCAAAAAAUGCUGGAGCUGUGCUGGUUUAAGGCUCCGACGGCCCCAUCUGCGUUUUCUGUUACUUCAUGUUGCCUGAAAGCGAAGCCGCUUGUUCAGCUAGCAUCACAACAGCGGCAUACAUAGCCAUAUCUCUGUCUGUUGGGUUAAUGACAUCUAGUCGCUGGAUAUUCAAGUUUAAAUGUUCGGACAUUGUUUUCAUUUUUCUGCUCUGCUUCAGAUUUUUUUUGUUUUUGUUUUUAACCACCAGUGUUAAAUUAAUGGGCUCAUUUCAGCUGGAAUAGCCAAGCUAACCCAACACAAACUAUUCACUUAGCUUGUUCUUCUGUGUUAUUUUUGAUGAAAAUUGAGUCUUAGUUUUCUCCGAAGCCCUGAUUUUUCUCUCCCUGCCGUUUCAUGAGAGCAGCUGCUGCUUAAUGUGCUGCUGUGACAAUUCUCAGUUGCAGUAAGUAUCUUUUUUUUUUCUUUUGAAAAAAGUCAUGCUCUUAGCAUUUACCCCCAACGCAUGCAAACAAAUUGGCUCUUCCAUCACCCCACUCAACCACUUAAAGUUGUUCUUUAAUCUCAAAUAGAUCAGCUUCUCUUUAGGUGCUCAAAAAUUAAAACACUUGAUUCCAGCCACUGGAGCCUUUGUGUGUCCAUCCCUGUGUGGAAAACCGUAGUUAAUUUAUUCUAAAGCUUGUAUUGGUCUCUUUAGCUGUGGGCUGAUAUGCCAGCGUUUUCUGCGUAAAAGGAUCCUGGUUGCUUUUUUUUUUUUUUUUCAUACAAAAUAAUUCUGGGGCUCAUUUCAGUUCUGAGUUGAUUGUUGGUUUUACAUCCUUUAAGGUGGAUUACAUUAGACACUGAGGUCACUUAAAAUAGCCAGUUUGACUAUUUUUGGUAAAGCAAAUGUAAAGAGGGCUUAGAAGGAUGUUUAGUGUUAUGAGUGACAGAAAAGACAAGUUAUGCCAAACGUGAAACUUUACUAUUGAUAUUCCGAUAGACACCCAACAGUUCAUUCCCUUUUACGAAAUUGUAAGAGAAGGUAAAAUGUGCUGCAAAUUCUUAGCUAGUUUGGAAGGACCGAAACAUCCACAAAUGUGAUCAGAUUUAUGUUCAACUACAAAGGAUCUCCAGGUUCUGACUGGUUGGUGCUUUUAGACUGAAAAUGUAAAACGUUAAAAAUUCACUGAGUAGGAAAGAUCUAUGGUGGGUCAGAGCAAAUCUGGUGAUAAUAUGCUGAUUCUGUGAUUGAUUGGUGCAUAUGUAAAGAUAAAACUGAACCUGAAUUUUCUAAAUUACUUUCAACCUUCCUGGGAUCUGAAUGUUGGACAUAUUUUUUCUUUUUUUUUUUUAGCUGUCUGCCAUCUCCUGCUCUCCUCUUCAUGUCUUUUUCACACAUUUUAUUUAUUGUUAUGCUUAGGAAAAAAAAAAAAUUCUGUUUUGUUUAAAGCAUGCCGGCACACCCUGAUGUGCCUCUUCAAUUUGAUAGUUAAUUAUGUAUUUUUCUGUUUUUGUUUGUUCGGCUGAAGCAGGUGCUUAAAACUGCAGGUGGGAAUGGCAUGGACUAAUAUAUAAAAUAAUUAGCUUGAUUUUUACUUGCAUUUCAAAAAUCAAGUAAUUCUUAUUAGGGUGACGUUGUUGGCAGGAGUCAGACGGUGCCUCAUGAUCUGCUCCAUUCUACUGCCAAAAUGCAACGUUUAAAGUCAGCUGGAGUUCAGUUUAACUUGGAUUAGCUUUAUAAAUCUUCAAUCUGAGCUCACUGAUUAGUAUCUUAACACUUUCCUUUCAGUGUUGGUAGGAUAUCUGUCAGUGUUUGGCUGUAAACUGACAGCAAUGACCGCCUUCUGUUCACGUUCUGACAAGUUGGCGAAGGAGAUUUCAUGUGAGAAUAAGAAAAUAUAAUUUUCUCCUACAUUUACCUUCAAUUGAGAUAUUUUCCAAGCUCCUGUUCAGGUUGGCUCAUUUGCUAGUUUAUGGUUUAUUUAGAGCUGCCAUAUUUUUGUUCCUUUCCUCAGUCGGUCAUGGCCUUCAUGUCCUUCAUCAGACUGACUUCAUGCCACAGGACGUCUUCAGAGCCAAAACUAGGAUCAGCUGUUUCUGGAUACUUAUUUGUCUAAAAUAAGAUAAAUGGCUAAUCUAUAUUCUUAACAAAUAAUUGUUGGUAUAUGUGUGGUUCACAGUGUAAAAUAAUAAAACAAUUCAGUUGAAUAUUGAAAAUUGUAUUAAAUUGUAUGCUUACAA